AUGCAUGCAGAAGCAAUAUGGGGAGCCGAUCCGUUGGAGCGCUAUGGUGGAUUCCACCACCUGCAGAAAGAUCCUGAAACGAGCUUCAAUAGUGCUCUCCCAACUAAUGGAACUGUGAAAUGGAUGGCUGCAUAUUCAACCGUUUCAAGCUCCUCGUAUAGCCAGACAGAAGCUCUCCUGAAGGUGAGCUUUCCGAAUGUCGAUUGGGAUACGUUGCAUUCGGUAUAUGGUUGGUCAGCCCUACAGUAUCAAUCUUGGGCCCGUGGGACACUUGAGAUCACAGGAUCCCAGCCAAAAACGAUCGCGCUCUUCGGUGGGGGCCUUCUUGAAUUCUCCGUGGACGGUAAGCGCCACUUUGGUGGAGAUUUGUAUCAGUAUAAUCGAGCCCCUAGCAUCCUUCGGUUAAACCCCGGCCCCCAUGCGUUGGACCUGCGGCUGACCCGGGAUGUUCGUGCGCUGGGGGGACUGACAAAUACUGUGGAGGCUGUGAUUCGUGCCGAGCUGCGAGACGAUGAGGAUUUACUCACGGUGGACCAUAACAGUCUACUAGUGUCGGAGUUGGCUGAAGGGAGACUCGGUAGUCCCUGGGCAUCGAUCAGCGUACAGAAUAACGGAGCAGAAACCAUUGAAAUCAUCUCCUUAUCGGGUUUGAAGGUCAAGCAUAUCACCCUUUCUCGACAGGAGAAAUUCUCACUGAUACCCUUGGAAACAUAG